GGAGGGGAGAACGGAAGAUGGCGCCUUGUGUGGGGGACAAUUUUUUUGGAAUUUCAGAGCACAUGAGGGUUCCGAUUUUAACCAGUGGUUUAUUAUGAAUAAAUCGGAAUGGCUGGUUAGGGGGGCUUUCAGGCUGGAGUUCAGGAGGUGGUUCAGUGGAGUUCAACGACAUAAUCCCUCCCAUUAUUGCAUGGAGCUGGUGAGGAGGAAUGACUUCGAGAGCUACUUGUGUACUCUCCUCCUCCCAAACGACUUGAGAGCCCCUGCAUUCGCGAUAAGAGCUUUCAACGUUGAAAUCGCCCUUAUUCAGGAUCAAACAACGGAAGCAGCUAUCAGUGGAAUGAGAUACAGCUUCUGGAAUGAUACUCUGAAGAAGAUCUACAGUGAUAACCCCCCACAGGCGCCUGUGCCCUUAGAAUUACACCGAAUCCUGAAGACAGUCAAACUCUCCAAACAUUACUUCCAACGUCUGCUGGACGCUAGAUGGAAAAAAUGGCAGUCUUCAGACUUCCCAGACCUGGAGUCACUGGAGAAAUACUCAGAGGACACUGUCUCACCGAUUUAUUACCUCCUCCUCGAGGCGAGAGGCAUCAAAGACAUCAACGUCGAUCAUAUAGCUAGUCACCUGGGAAAGUCCCAGGGAAUCACGACGUUGCUGCGAUCUAUCCCACAUCAUGCCCAAAGAAGGGUCUGUGUCAUCCCCCAGGAGCUCUUGAUAAAGCACAGAGUGCCCACCGAGUCUGUAUUCAGAGGGGAAAUGAGUAAAGAACUGAGUGAUGUCAUUUUCAAUGUUGCAUCACGAGCUCAUCAACAUCUCGAAAAAGCCAAGAAUCUGCGGAAAAAUACGAAGAAAAACUUGUCGAGUAUUUUUCUCCCUGCUGUCAACAUCGAGAAGUACCUGACACAGUUGCAGACAUUCGAUUUCAACGUAUAUUCGUCCAGCCUUCAUAAGAAGGACAAUAUGCUAGCCCUUCAGAUUUUGAAGGCGAAAUUGUUCUCCAUGUGGUGAAGACUCAAAAAAACAUUCAGAACUCAUUUCAAUUGUAUUUAUUAUGGUUUUUAUCAUUCGUUCACUGGAAUAAUUUCUGUACAUAACCUAGAAUAAAAUGUAAUAUAUUGUUGUGGAUUAAAA